AUUUACAAGAACACACAUCCUGUCUGCAACGUCAGCAUAUUUUACCAGCUCUGGAAAAGGCUGUCAACUGAGAAGUUGGAAAAACUGCAAAAAUGGGCUUCGUGAAAGUAGUGAAAAGUAAGGCGUACUUCAAGAGAUACCAGGUGAAAUUCAGGAGAAGGCGAGAGGGUAAGACUGACUACUUUGCCCGUAAGCGCCUGGUCAUCCAAGACAAGAACAAGUACAACACACCCAAAUACAGGAUGAUUGUGAGAUUCUCCAACAGAGAUAUCUGUUGCCAGAUUGCCUACGCCAAGAUCGAGGGAGACCAGAUUGUCGCUGCUGCCUACUCCCAUGAGCUGCUCAAGUAUGGCAUCACCGUGGGACUGACAAAUUACGCUGCAGCCUACUGCACGGGCCUUCUGCUGGCUCGCAGGCUGCUGAACAAGUUCGGCCUGGACCAGGUGUACGAGGGCCAGGUGGAGGUGACGGGAGACGAGUUCAACGUGGAGAGUAUAGAUGGCCAGCCGGGGGCCUUCACAUGUUUCCUAGACGCCGGGCUCGCCAGGACGUCCACAGGAAACAAGGUGUUCGGAGCGCUAAAGGGCGCCGUCGACGGUGGGCUCUCAAUUCCUCACAGCACAAAACGAUUCCCUGGCUAUGACAUGGAGAGCAAAGAGUUCAACACAGAGAUGCAUCGCAAACACAUCAUGGGCAUGAACGUGUCGGACUACAUGAGCUACCUGAUGGAAGAGGAUGAAGACGCCUACAAGAAACAGUUCUCGCGCUUCAUAAAGAACGGAGUCACGCCAGACACAGUAGAGGAGAUGUACAAGAAAGCACACGCCGCGAUCAGAGAGAACCCAGUCCACGAAAAGAAACCCAAAAAAGACGUCAAAAAGAAGAGGUGGAACCGUGCCAAACUUUCGCUGGCACAGAGAAAGGACCGCGUCGCCCAGAAAAAGGCCAGCUUUCUACGAGCACAGGAAGCCGAGGCAGCGGACGGUUAGAGGGACGGGGAUCACUGCCCGUUCCAAAGACACCACUGCACAUUGCCUCAAUAAAUUUAUUGCAAAUGA